AUGAAGCCACGACAGGAGACCCUAGACGAACGAAUAGACGAACCCGAUCAGGACUCACCACAAACGAGCGAGUACCUAGAUGCCGAAGACGGUUCACAAGAUUACAAUGAAAGAUACGAAAGUCUUGAUGAAGAAUUACCACGAGACGACCAAUUAGAGCAAGACGAAUACGAUCCGGAUGAAUAUCUACCAGAGGAUCAAGACGACGAACAUGAUUCCGACGAGGAUGACGAACAAUAUAUUCCAGAGGAGGAAAAAUAUUACUCCGAACCGGAAGCUGACGAACAAGGUUCAAACUACGAACCAUCCGAUACCGCAGAGUACGAACAAGAUUACGUACCCAUAGAGGCGGAACAAUACCUCGAAGAGGAUGAUGAAGUUGUGGAUACAACCACAAACCAAACACAGGAUGAUUCCGAAAUCAUCAGCGAACAUGAGCCGAUCGAAGAAUAUUCGCAGGAAGACCAACAAUACCCUGACGAAUCCGAUACAGAAAAUUCUUCCCAGGAAGAGCAUUUCACAGAAUACGAUCCCAGAGGAGGACUAUUCCUGGACGAAAUACCGCAAUGGCAAGAACAAGAAGACGAUUACAUUGUCGAAGAGCCACAAGAUGGUAAUCAAGAAGAUAGAAUCACGACGAUUCAACCAAAAAACCGCAGUAUAGCGACACAGAGUCAACAAUUGACACAAUUAAUGGCAAACUUGCCGAAUCAACACGAGGAGACCUACCAGGACGACCGUGUUCAAGCCAGAAUAAGAGCAACAAGAUAUUCAACUAGAUGCGGAACUACGCACGCCACACUAGAAAGCGAAUAUCGCCUAUGCACAAUUACCAUCAAGGAAGAACCUACGGAACAAUUUAAUCUUCCGGAAUGCACUAUAAUGCCAAUUCGCAGGAAAAUUGCGAUAAACGGUAUAUAUAUCAAUGACAACAAUAAGAGACCACAAGAAGAGGUCGAGACAUUGAAACCAGACACAAAAGUGGAUAAACGUACUAUAAAUAAGGAAAUAACUAUGAAAAAUUUCAAAAAACAAAAGAUGGUAACAAUUCCUACAAAUAUCAUUAAAUCGUUACACCAGGACGAAGAAGAAGUAAAAAUUUUAAAACUAAUUAACGUUACUGACCCAAUAGUAAAGUAA